AUGGGGAAGAAGUGUUCGAGUAAAGAGAUUAGAUCGUUAGCGAUGGAGGGAUGGGUGAGGGUGGGAAUAUCAUUUUGUGACGUGUGGUUUAAGGCGACCACCGUCCCACCCCAUUUUCGACUGUCCUUGCUGGUCUUUCGCUGCGGAUCCUACCUCCAUGUUUCGCAUGAAACAAUGGAUCUUCCUUUUCCCCAAUACUUAAUCAGUGAUCCGUGGAAGAAUGGUCAGUUUGGAUAUUUUACUAUUAAGCCUGGAGAAAUGCAUCGCUUUGAGCCGAAAGCGGUGCAUUUUUCCGCGCGUAAUAUUAAAAUACUCAAAAUUUUCUCAUUUCACAGGGUUAUAUUUGGCAAUUUUACUGAUUUUAGGAUGCUCUUUCGAGCUAUAAUGAUAGAUUUCGUCGUCCUUGUCUACAUGCAUAAAAAAUUAAGUCUAUAUAGCUGGAAUCCUCUGUAUAACUACACUUCAAUUUAACCGUAAACUUUAUCCAAAACUAGCCUUAAUCGUUAAUCGCUUAAUCCUUAAAACUAAUCCUUAAUCACAAAUUCAAAGUCCCCAUCCGAACGCAUGCGCAAUCACACAAAUUCAAUAUGUUUACCUCAUCAAUGAAUUAAUUAUCGUUUUUGUCGAAUUAAAAUGGCGUGAAACUCUUGCGCGUCGUUUCGACUGCGAUCAUGCUAAUUAACAUAUUUUACGUCUUGCUUCUUGUGCGAAUAUUUCCAAGCACGUUGGGCGAUCUCAGAAUACAGGUUCGUUCAUUUUAUGUAUAAAGUUAUACGCGUGUACACGCGUAAAAAUAUCACAUCUUGUAGCAAGUCUAGAGCUAACAAACCGUCAACAAGUUGUGUUCGCACUGCUUGUCCCAAGUUGUCAACAAGAUUGAAACAAGCUUGUAGCAACAUUGUUGAUAUUAUCAGACUUGUUGCAAGGUUGUUGCAACACGUCCGAUACAGUCGUGCUGUAACAAUAUUGUUACAACCUUGUGUUAUCAACCUUGCAACAUUCUUGUUAUAUCAUAACUGUAUCAAACUUGUUAGAACAACCUUGUAACAAGUCUGACAAUGCCAUCAAGCUUGCUACAAGUUGUUAACAGCUUGUUCCAAACUUGUUACAACAACUGGGAACAAGCAGUGCGAACACAACUUGUCGACAGCUUGUGAACAGAUUUGUAACAAAUCGUUUGCAGACCUGUAACAACUUGUGCGUUUUUACGUGUACAACUUGUAACAAGCUUGGUGGCAUUCUCAGACUUGUUACAAGGUUGUUCUAACACGUUUGAUACAGUCAUGAUAUAACAAGAAUGUUACAAGGUUGACGACAGAAGGUUGUGGCAAUAUUGUUAUAUCAUGACUGUAUCAGACUCGUUAGAACAACCUUGCCACAAGUCUGAUAAUGCCAUCCGUGAAGCUUGUUACAAGUUGUUAACAACCAGUUUGUUCCAGAUUUGUUACAACAACUUGGAACAAACAGUGCGAAAACAACUUUUUGACAGCUUGUCAGCAGACUCGCUACAAGAUGUGAGAUUUUUGCGCUUGUACUCAAUAUUUAUAUAAAUGAAUUUAGAAAGAUUUAUAACUUUUCCGUGCAUUACAUAGCGACGUGCGUUUGAAAGUGCGAGUAAUAUACUAACGCAUUAUACUUGGUGAAAAAUUGUAGAAUUUUCAACGGCAUGUUAGUCAAGCUGAACAAGAAGAGUUUAGCGACAACAUUCUCAGACUGCGCAUAUCAUAUAUUUACGAAAUCAACAAGGAUACAAAACUAACUUCGUCGGAUGUCAGGAAGAAAGUUGAGUCCGCAAUUGAGGAAGUCUCAGGGGCGAUGAAGGCUGAGCAAUAUAUGUCAAAUGAUCACACUAUCCUAAUUUAUAUUGAAAGUAUACGCCCAUUUCACAACUCAGGAAAACCUUUGGCACACUACAAUGCAGCGGAAUUGUCCAGGUUUUUAAACAACGAUGCUCACUUUGGUAAGCUUUCAAAAAGAACCGACAACACUCAGGUAAACGACAAGGGCAAUACUAACACAAAGGAGGGAUAUACAAAGAAGAAAAAAUUACAGUUGAUGCUCGCGUCAUAUUUCCCAGCCAGUGCCGUGGCUGAAAUUUCAUAGCAAAAGCAUAUAGGGAAAACACCGUUCAAAAGGUAAAAAUCGCUUUAAAAAAAAUGAGAUACCCAUGGAAAUUUUGUUCAAUAAAUUAUUGUAGAAUAACGGUAAGCGAUCACUUUUAUUGAUUUCUUUUUAUUAAAAGUGUUAACAUAACAAUUUAUUUAGCAAAAGUUUCGUGAAAUGAACUGGCUAUCGUCUAGACGACUUAUCCGUCUUCUAAUGUGGAAACGGCUAAUAUAUCAGUAUAAAAAGUGCGUGACAUAAUUUGCCGCGAGUUUCUUCUCUGUAUAUCUCUCCUCUGUGAUACUAAUGCGUACUUUAGCAGCGCGAGUACGAGAUUUGUCAAUCGGGUGGAUCAAAAUUAAUUCAGUCCUUGGAUUGGUUGUAGUGAUUUAUUCGUACGAGAUGUCAUUUCAAACUGUCCUCCAAUAGACCUUUCCCCUUAUAACCAAAAUUUUGAUCUUUGCAAGUCUAGACAAAUAUUUCAUCACAGCUUGAAAGAGCAUCACAAAAUUAGUAAUAUUCCAAAGUUUCGUUGCGAAAUGUUGUAAAAUGAGGAAAAUAGAGCCUUGCAAAGUUUGCAAUUUUCAGUCAUUUUGCAUUACAAAUGGCAAAUUGCAGCCCCAACACCCGAAUCGGAUGUCAACUUCCCGUUUGUAAUACAAAAUGACUGAAAAACGGCAAACUUCGCAAGGCUAUAUUAUCCGCAUUUUACAAGAUUUUGCAACAAAACUUUGGAAAUUGAAUAUUACUAAUUUUGUGAUGCUCUUUCAAGCUGUGAUGAAAUUUUUGUCUAGAUCCAAAUUUUAGUUAUAAGGGGAAAGGUCCAUUCAGACUGGACUAGAUUUUGAGUCUUUGCAUUUUGAUCCAAAUUGCAUGUACGGACUUGAAAUCUAGCUAGUCCAGUCCUCAUAGUCGGAUUUGAAAUAUUACAUGAAAUUGUAAAUCAAUCAGAGUCAAUAUCUUGAUCAUUUUCCGAUUUGUCAGGAGGCAAAUGGCGUCUCCAAAGAAAGUACAUGUGCAGACAACAUGAAACUUUAGACUGCAGAAAAUUGCACAAGCAGUUAUCAAACUCAUGUCACAGAAGUGGUAAAGGACAUGUGUGACAACUGAAUGGUAUCCUUUUGUAACGUUUAUGCAGGGCCAGGGGUUGGUAUUUAUUUUUAAGUACUAGAUAAAACAUGAGCAGCCGAUCUUUAUCUGAUAUACAAACUUGAACCGAAGGCGAGAUGCGUGCUUAAAAAACGACCCAUCUUAUGAGUUCGUUGGCAAAGAAAUUUUAAAAAUAAACAUUGUCUAAGUCGAGAAAAUCAAAGCUGAAGUUUAUGUAAAUCAGGACAAAUCUUUAUCCGAUUUACAAACAUCGAUUAAACAUUCAUUUCUUUUGUAUUUUCCUCAUGAAUUAGUAAUGAGUUUUUUAAUUGAUAUUAAAGGUUGGCUAGAUUUUAUUUUUACUUUUUAAUGGUUGGCUGUUAACAACUUUUAACAACCUUGUUGAUAUUAUCAGACUUGUUGCAAGGUCGUUCCAAUAAGUCCGAUACAGUCAUGAUAUAACAAUAUUGUUACAACCUUGUAUCAUCAACCUUGUAACAUUCUUGUUAUAUCAUGACUGUAUCAGACUUGUUAGAACAACCUUGUAACAAGUCUGAUAUCAAGUUUGUUACAAGUUGUCAACAGCUUGUUCCAAACUUGUUACAACGCAUGGGAACAACCAGUGCGAACACAACUUAUCGACAGCUUGUGCACAGAUUUGUAGCAACUUGUUUGCAGACCUGUAACAACUUGUGACUGAAGCAACAUCCUAAAUACAUGCGUCCUGUGUUUUUUAUAGAUCAUCGCACUUGGAGAUCAUUUCGAGACUGAAUAUCCUGAAGAAGACAUAGGAUGGGCCUUUGAUUCUCACGACACCCUACAAUUGCCAGAUGAAGAU